AUGGCCGACUCAGAACCCUUCCCACUGCUCAACACAAACGAUCACUUCUCCUCUUCACAAGAUGCCACCGCCAGCUCGGCCAAGCGCAGGAGGAAGUCGAGCGCCAUACAGGCGGAGCUUCUCAGGGGUGACACCGGCGCCCCGUCGCUGGCGACCUCGUUCGCCCACCUGAACGCUGCCAGUGGAAGAGUAUAUGGCCCCGCGGCCUCGAAACGCCAGUCCAAGCGACGCAAGGCACGCGGCCUGGCGCAGAGGGCCACCAAUUACGUCGUCAAGCACACCUGGGCCCUCCCCGCCCUGCUGCUCUUCGUCUUCGCCAGCCUCUACGCCAUACACCCCACCGAGUCCAACCCCGUCUCCCACUUCAUCUUCCUCAGCUACAAGCUGGCCCCCGCGGCCGACGCCGCCCCGGACGCCCCGGCGCAGUACGGCAAGGGUCUAUGGGACAUUGCUUUUGUCAUCUUCUACGCCAUCGUCCUGUCCUUCACCCGCGAGUUCAUCAUGCAGGAGCUGCUGCGGCCCCUGGCCCGCUUCGCCGGCCUCCGCUCCAAGGGCAAGCAGAUGCGCUUCAUGGAGCAGAUGUACACCGCCGUCUACUUUGGCUCCACCGGGCCCUGGGGCAUGUACAUCAUGAGCCACACCCCCGUCUGGUACUUCAACACCACCGGCAUGUACGCCGGCUUCCCCCACAUGACCCACGAGGCCAUGUUCAAGUUCUACUACCUGUUCCAGGCCGCCUACUGGCUCCAGCAGCUCAUGGUCAUGGUCCUCGGCCUCGAGGCCCCGCGCAAGGACUACAACGAACUUGUUGGUCACCACCUUGUCAGCCUGGCCCUUAUCGGCCUCAGCUACCGCUUCCAUUUUACCUACAUCGGAUUGGCCGUGUACAUUACACACGACAUUAGUGACUUCUUCCUCGCGACCUCCAAGUCUCUCAACUACAUCGACAGCCCCCUCCAGGGCCCCUACUUCGCCUUCUUCAUGGGCGUGUGGAUCUACAUGCGCCACUACCUCAACCUGGGCAUCAUCUACUCCCUCUUCACCGAGUUCAAGACCGUCGGGCCCUUUGAGCUGAACUGGGAAACCCAGCAGUACAAGUGCUGGAUCUCCCAGUACAUCACCAUCGCUCUGCUGUCUGCCCUGCAGGCCCUCAACCUCUUCUGGCUCUUCUUCAUCAUCCGCAUCGCCUACCGCUUCCUCUUCUUCAACAUCAUCAAGGAUGACCGCGAGGACGGCGAGGAGAGCGACGAGGACGUCACUGCCAACGGCCAUGUCGCAAAUAGCACCGCCAAGAAUGACUGA